UUCCAUUAAGGAAACCAAAAGAAGACUACAAAAAUGGGCUCUCAAAAACCCUCAUCCUUCAGCUCCCUCUUCUUCCUUAUAUUCUCAAUUUAUUUGUUUAGGGUUUCAAAUUCUGCCUUAGUUCCUGCAAUCUAUGUGUUUGGUGAUUCAUUAGUGGAUGUUGGAAACAACAACCACUUGAAGCUUUCACUAGCCAAAGCCAACUUUCCCCACAAUGGACUUGAUUUUCCCACCAAAAAGCCCACCGGAAGGUUCUCUAAUGGCAAGAAUGCUGCGGAUUAUGUUGCCGAGAAGGUGGGGUUGCCGACUUCACCACCAUAUUUGUCUCUCAUUUCCAAGUUUAGAAAGGUUACCAAUACGACACCGUUUAAAACAGGCGUUAGCUUCGCUUCUGGAGGAGCCGGAAUUUUUAAUGAAACAAAUAAGCUUUUUAAGCAAUCGGUGGCAAUGGACCAACAAAUUGAGUUUUAUUCGUUGGUCUACAAAACUCUGGUAGGAGAGCUGGGAUCCCCUGGAGCAGCAGAACACCUAUCUAAAUCUCUAUUUACGGUUGUGAUUGGAAGUAAUGACAUCUUCGGCUAUCAUGAGUCGUCCGAUCUGCGUAAUAAGUACUCCCCACAGCAAUACGUGGACUCGAUGGCCUCCACUCUCAAGUCGCAGCUUAAGAGAUUGUAUGGGUAUGGAGCAAGAAAAUAUGUGGUGGGUGGAAUUGGGCCAGUGGGGUGCGCACCAUCACAAAGGAAGAGAAGCAAAGGAGGAGAAUGCGAUGAGGAAGUCAAUAAUUGGGCAGCAAUUUACAACAUUGCUCUAAAAUCAAUGCUCCAAACACUAAAAAUGGAGCUCAAAGACAUUUCAUACUCCUACUUUGAUGUAUAUCAAGUCAUGUCCAACUUCCUUCGUUCACCUUCUUCUUUUGGGUUCACAGAGAUUAAAAGUGCUUGCUGUGGGCUUGGGAAUUUGAAAGCAGAUGUUCCUUGUUUACCAAUUGCAACAUUUUGCCCAAAUAGAAACAACCAUCUCUUUUGGGAUCUCUAUCAUCCUACACAACAAGCCCAUUACAUGUUUGCUAAUUAUAUCUUUGAUGGUCCAUUUACAUACCCACUCAAUGUCAACCAACUCAUUGCUCUUUGAAAAUUAAUACCACAUUCAUAUGCAUUAUUCAAGAACCCACUAGCUAGGACAAAAAAAAA